AUGGGAAGCGAGCACUACUGUCUCCGGUGGAACAAUCAUCAGAACAACCUGUUGGGCGUAUUCAGUCAAUUGCUCCAAGAAGAGUCCCUCGUGGACGUGACGCUCGCCUGUUCGGAAGAAGGCCGCCUGAUCCGCGCCCACAAAGUCGUGUUAUCCGCGUGCAGCGCGUACUUCAAGGCACUGUUCCUUGACCAUCCGACACGCCACCCGAUCGUGGUACUCAAAGACGUUCAGUUCUCUGAACUCCGUGACCUGGUCGAGUUUAUGUACCGGGGCGAAGUGAACGUCGACCACAGACAGCUGACCACCCUGCUGAAGACGGCCGAGAGCCUUAAGGUCAAGGGGCUGGCCGACAUGGCUCGCCCCAGUGACGGCGACGACGACACCGUCGGCGACCGCGUCGAGCUGGUGCCCGCCGACCGGGACGACGAGCCCAUGGAACCGGAAGACCUGCGGCCGUUGAGCCGGUGCCGGACGCCGGUACCGGCCGAGAGCCGCACCCCGUCGCCACCUCCCACCGAGAGCGACGACAAUCUUUCCAUGCAAAGCGAACCCAGCGACAUGACCACUGUCUGCAGGCACGACGACCAACCGUCCCCGUCCGGUUCCGGUCUGCCACCAGUUCAGCAAGUACCUUUGUUCUUGAAGAAAGAAGCUGACUGUGACAAGACUGACGACCGAAGCAUUCAAGGGGAAAGCUCUUCAGAAUAUCGGAGUAUACCAGAUCCGGAGCGCGACAGCAGGACGACGACGACGACGCCAACGACGGCCACGACCACGACCACGACGCCAACGACGGACGCCGUCGUCGCUUUAGCAGCGAUACCGCCGCGGUUUUAUACGUGCUUGUACUGCAACCUAACGUUCCCGCACCAGAGCAAACUGACGCGGCACAUACUGUCGCACAGCCUGGACAACCAGCCCGUCGGCACGUCGUUUACGGACCCCGGCGGCGGCGGCGGUGGCGGCUUGUCCGUACCACCGCCACUGUCGUCGUCGGCGGCGGCGCUGUCGCUGCAGCAGGCGUGCGGCAUGGCGGGCGCGGCCGCGAUGGACGACGGCGUGGGCGGUACGCUUUGCAAGUUUUGCGGCAAAACGUUCCCGGACGUGGCCACGCUGGUCGGCCACCUGCCCGCCCACACCGGCGACCGGCCGUUCAAGUGCGAGUUCUGCGGCAAGGCGUUCAAGCUCCGGCACCACAUGAAGGACCACUGUCGCGUGCACACCGGCGAACGGCCGUUCCGAUGCUCGCUGUGCGGCAAGACUUUCAGCCGGUCGACGAUACUCAAGGCGCACGAGAAGACGCACUACCCGAAGUUCACGGGACGCCACCGGUUCAUGUCGUCGCCCAGUCCCGAAGAGGAACCCGGAGGAGGCGGGGGAGGCGGGAUGUUAGUGGGUGGUGGGUUGGGGAAUAAUUUCGGAGGCGGAAUGGCGCAGGCGGUUGCGACGAUCGCGUCCGCCGCCGCCGUCAGACCGUUCGACUUGACCGUCAUCCAGCACCAUCAUCACCACAGGCACGGCAGCGGGUCGCCACCCGCCCCGCCGCCGCCUCCGCCCACGCCACCAUGA